CCUGGCGAUAGCUAAAGAAGAUAGAACAGAGCGACCAUGGGUAUUAAACAGCUCUACCAAGUGAUCGCAGAAAAUGCGCCCGAUGCGAUCAAGACGGGCGAUAUCAAGCAGCAGUUCGGCCGUAAGGUCGCAAUUGACGCAUCAAUGAGUAUCUACAGUUUCAUGAUCGCCGUACGCUCCGAAGGCCAGCAACUUAUGAGUGACACCGGCGAGACGACAUCACAUCUGAUGGGCAUGUUCUACCGCACAUUACGCAUGGUGGACAACGGUAUCAAGCCCCUAUACGUGUUCGAUGGCGCACCACCGAAGCUCAAGUCGGGUGAAUUGGCCAAGCGUUCUGCACGAAAGUCAGAGGCUACUGAGGCCCAUGAGGAGGCCAAGGAGACCGGUACUGCGGAGGAUGUGGAAAAGUUUUCGCGCCGGACGGUCAGGGUGACAAGGGAGCAUAAUGCGGAGUGCAAAAAGCUUAUGAAGCUCAUGGGUGUUCCGUAUAUUGAUGCGCCAACGGAAGCUGAAGCUCAGUGUGCGGCACUCGCACGAGCCGGCAAGGUUUACGCGGCUGCUUCGGAGGAUAUGGACACAUUAUGCUUCGAGACGCCGAUUCUUCUGAGGCAUUUGACGUUUGCUGAGCAGCGGAAGGAGCCGAUUCAAGAGAUUCACUUGAAUCGUGCGCUCGAAGGACUUGGUAUGGACCGCAACCAGGUAUGCACGUGCUCUCUUUUUGUGAUCCUCUGGCACGAUUACCUGGAACCCAUUCCCAAAGUCGGCCCCAACACCGCGUUGAAACUGAUUCGCGAGCAUGGUAGCCUGGAGAAGGUAGUUGAACACAUGGAAAGCGACCCCAAGAAAAAAUUCGUAAUUCCCGAAGACUGGCGGUACCAAGACGCGCGAGAAUUAUUCAUCAAGCCAGACGUCCGCGAUGCGGACCACCCAGACUGCGAUUUCAAAUGGGAAGCUCCCGAUGUGGAGGGACUCAUCGACUUCCUGGUGAAGGACAAGGGAUUCAACGAGGAUCGUGUGCGCAACGGUGCAGCGCGUCUGCAGAAGAAUCUCAAAUCAGCACAGCAGUCGCGGUUAGAAGGGUUUUUUAAGCCGGUGGCACGAACGGACGAGGAGAAGGCGAGUCUGAAGCGCAAGAAUGAGGAGAAGAUUCAGGAUCAGAAGAAGCGCAAAAAGGAUGAGGCCAAGGCUAAGAAGGAGGCUAAGGCGAAACCUCGUGCUUCUUAAUCUAGUUGAGGCUAUGAUGUAUGAUAAUUGUUCCUUGAUGACGUUUGGCUAUGCAAUACUACUUCUGGUAUAAAAUUCUCGGAAUACACAUACUUUAACAGCGAGAAAGCAAU